AUGCGCACGAUGGCCGGCCACCCGCCGCAGAUCGGAUACUUCGAGAUACGCCGAGCCGGGGUGGCGCCGCCGGAGGUCCUCCUUUCGAUGAUCUGGCCCGGGCUAGACCGUUGGCGAGGCCGUUUCGGCCCGGGAAUCGAGCAGGAGAACGACCUGGCGGCGAUGGGCUCGACGAACCUUCCUUUCUAUCUGCGGGAGGUUGUCUUAAAGAAAUACCCCGGCAGCCCCGUUUGGAACCACCCAGUCUUUCGGCACCCGGCCUACGCGCCAUUCGCGCAGCAGCUAUCGGACUUCAUCCUCGAAGAGGAGCGGCAGAACCAGCUGGCCGUCCUGAUCCAAGUGAUGCCGGUCCUCGCAGACUACCUUGAAUCUAUCGACGCGCGGCAUGAAGCCAGGACAGUCUAG